GAGCCGGGAGCCGGGAGCCCGAGCCGGAGCGGAGAGGCGGCCCCUCCGCGGAGCCUGGGGCCAGCUGCUGCAGCGGGCAUCAUGGCCAUGGACGUGUCAGAAUACCAGCUAAGCGUAAUCAAGAGCCCUCCUGGCUGGGAGGUGGGUGUCUACACUGCUGGGGCCCUGGCACUGCUGGGAAUUGCAGCUGUGAGCCUGUGGAAGCUCUGGACAUCGGGGAACUUCCCCAGCCCAUCCCCGUUCCCAAACUACGACUACAGAUACCUCCAGCAGAAAUAUGGGGAGACCUACGCAGAGGCCAAGCAGAAGAGGGUGCCUGCCUGGAACACCCAGCGGGCCAGCACGCGGGGACCACACAGUCGCAAAGGCAGCCUCAGCAUUGAGGACACCUUUGAGAGCAUCAGUGAGCUGGGGCCCCUGGAGCUGAUGGGUCGGGAGCUGGACCUGGCCCCCUUUGGGACCCUCCGCAAGUCCCAGUCGGCGGACUCCCUGAACUCCAUCUCCUCUGUGAGCAACACCUUCGGGCAGGACUUCACGCUGGGCCAGGUGGAGGUGAGCAUGGACUACGAUGCGGCCUCCCACACCCUCCACGUGGCCGUGCUGCAGGGCAAGGACCUCCUGGAGCGGGAAGAAGCCGGCUUUGAGUCCUGCUUCAUGCGUGUUAGCCUGCUGCCGGAUGAGCAGAUCGUGGGCAUCUCCCGGAUCCAGAGGAAUGCGUAUUCCAUCUUCUUUGAUGAGAAGUUCUCCAUCCCCCUGGACCCUGUGGCCCUGGAGGAGAAGAGCCUGCGGUUCUCUGUGUUUGGCAUUGAUGAGGAUGAGCGGAACGUCAGCACAGGGGUGGUGGAGCUGAAACUUUCUGUGCUGGACCUCCCGCUGCAGCCCUUUGGCGGCUGGCUGUACUUACAAGACCAGAACAAGGCUGCCGACGCUGUGGGCGAGAUCCUGCUCUCCCUUAGCUACCUCCCUACAGCUGAGCGCCUCACUGUGGUGGUGGUGAAAGCCAAGAAUCUCAUCUGGACCAAUGACAAGACCACAGCAGACCCCUUCGUCAAGGUGUACCUGCUUCAGGAUGGGAGGAAGAUGAGCAAAAAGAAGACAGCCGUGAAGAGGGAUGACCCCAACCCGGUGUUCAAUGAGGCCAUGAUCUUCUCUGUCCCAGCCAUCGUGCUCCAGGACCUGUCUCUCCGUGUGACAGUGGCUGAGAGCAGCAGCGACGGCCGAGGGGACAACGUGGGCCAUGUCAUCAUUGGGCCAUCAGCCAGUGGCAUGGGCACCACACACUGGAACCAGAUGCUGGCCACACUGCGCAGGCCUGUGUCCAUGUGGCACCCCGUUCGGCGAAACUAGCAGCUGGCAAAACGGGCCGGGGUGGGCACAGAGCUGCCUUGGGGCCUGGCACAAGCUCAGCUCUGAUGCCCCUUCAUAGUCCAGCGGGAGCCAUGAAUGCUGGGGUCCCCCACUGGAGCCCCCACGAGCCAUCUUGGUCCUUCUGUCCAGACUGCAGUGGAGGAGUGGGCCUGGCCAAGUGUCUAGGGACCCAGGGCUUCCUCCCACUGAGGACCAGCUGUGGCUGGACCACACUCCAGGAAAGGCCCUGGCACUGGCCCACUGUGUUCCCAUUUUGAGAUCCCCAAUAGGCCUGUCUCUGGGCCUGGGGCAUUGGGGCUUGGUCUCUUAGAGCUCUCCACACCCUACCCCUGCUGGGAUGCCAGUGCUAAGCUGGGUCAUAUACCGGAACUGAGUGAGUAUUGGGGCCAGACACUGUGCUAGACACCAGCAGACAUGACAUGAAUGGGAUGCAACCCUUAGGAUGUCUGGAAGACAAGACCCCCCGCCCCCUGCCCUGGGGAUCUGCUUUGUGCUGAAUGCGGACUUGGGAGAGCUCUGGGGGCCAUGAGGACAAGAUGAGAGCCAUGCCCUGAGGUGUCCCAGCCAGCCAGCCAGCCUAAGCAAGGCAGGGACAUGAAGUACCCUGUCACAGACUGUCCUCAGCCUACUGCAGUGGACACGAGGGCCUUUCUCUGGGCAGAAGUGACCAGGAGACUAGGCAAAGCAGAGGCCUACAGGUGGACACUGGCUUCAGAGUCACACUCUAUGAAAUCUACUCCCUUGAACAAUAACCUUGCAAGGCCCAGAGGUCCAAAGAGGCUCAAAGCCAGGUCCUUGUGUUCAGUCCCAACUGAAUUAGGCAUUGGCUCUGUGGUGUUUGUUGGGGUAACUCCAGGCCAGACUCCAUUGGAAAGAGAGGGGCCUCAGUCUAGGGACAGCUGGUGGGCAGCAGGACAGCCAGAACACAGACUGCAGGGGGUCUGUCGGGGAGGCCUUUGUGGGCCUUGGAGGAAGGGCCCAGCCAGAGCAGGGGCAGUGAGGGAAGGCAAGGGGCAUCCAGAUUGAGGGCAGGGUAGAGGGGCAGGUUUGAAUGCCGGACUGGGAAGGAGGUGGCAUUGGGUGUCCUAGGUCGAAUUCCAGAAGCAGACCCUGAGGUUCUCAGGCAAGGGGCUGAUGGGGAAGGGGCCCGGGAGCCCUCUGGAGAAAACUGUCAGAGAGAGAGGGAAGCCAUGGAGCAGGGGCCGAAGCUAAGCAAGCUGUGGCUUCCGGAGUGUCUAGCUCUAGCCUGGUGGCCUGAGGAGCAUCCCAGAGGGGCCCUGCCCAGGAGCAAAGGAGCUGGACUGUUUCACCUCUACAGGGCUUUGGCUACCACCCAACCCCAGCUGGAGGAAGAGCAAGCAUAUCUUCCAGUUGUCACUGGCUAAGGCAGCUCCCAUCUGCCAAAAGCAGCCCCAGAGAAGCAGGCAGCUGGGGAGUGGGUGCCAGUUCAUGCGGGGGAGGGCAUGCAGAAGCCUCUGCUUCCUGGGGCCACCACCCACAGGUCAGAGCAUGGCCUCUCAGGCGGGCUGCUUCUGACCCCAGUGAGCUCUGGAGACCCAGGCCCAACCAGUUACCCCCAGUGAUGCUGGGAGAGCCCAGGGUGGUCAUGGACCUGGAGGCAGACUGGAGGUGUCUCCCCACCUGACACAGCUGUGGCCCAGCCUUGUGGCCAGCAUGAGGAGGUCUGCCUGCCCCAGCACAGAGUCCAUGGGCACAGCUGGUGAGCCUCUGCAUCCCAGGAGACCACAAACUCUUUCCACCCUAGUGGCUAUGCAGUACAGGCCAUUUAUACCCACCUUCUCUUCCCCCUCUUUCCCUCCCUCUAACUGCAUGAAAUGUGGACUGUGUACUCGGGAUGGGCGUGGUAGGGACCGAGACUGCUGACUGGAAUUAUUCUAGAACCAAAAUAAAGCUGGGGCAGGAAGGAGGGAGCUUCUGGGGAGCCUUGCUCAGCCCCAAAUCACCUUCA